AUGUCAGAACAAGUAUUUUUCAAAAUAUCGAUAUUCAUACAAGCACAGAGCAAGAAUUAUAAUCAAUCUCAAAAAUUUCAACAGAGAGUAAAAAAUCUUGGAAACAGAUAUUCAAAUAAGGGUCUUUUAGAAAUUUAUUUGGAGAUUGCAAAAAAUAAUCCUGAAUUCCUUAUUGAGGCCAAGUAUAAAAUUGCAUUUCACUAUAAAACUCAUGGGAAAUACCAAGAUAUACUGAAUAUUGCCAAAGAAAUUCCUGAUGACUACAAAAAUAUAAAGAUGCUCAUGGCUUAUUGCUACAAGAAAAUUGAUGAUGAAGAAAGUGCUUUUAAACUCUAUAAAGAAAUUGCAAAUAAAAAUAUAUCUUCACAAUCAGAUAAAAUGGAUAAUAUAAGAUACACCAAUCAACCAAACCUUGCUAAUCCUGAUUUUUUAACCGAAAAUAAGAAAAAUAUCAUUAAUUAUCUUUAUAAUACCAUUUACUUAAAUUAUUCAGAUUUAACGGGAAUUCCAAAUAUGAAUAAUCUUGAUUUUAUUCAGUUUAUGAAAACUAAAGUGAAAAAUCCUGAGGAUAUUGAAAAAAAUUUAUUGAAAUUUGUUUUUACAAAAAAAAUACCUUUAACUAAACAAAAUAAAUGCCUUUCCAGGAGUAUUAAAAAUAUCUUAAUGAAAAAGCCUAUG